UGAUAGGUGCGUACGUAAAUAUUACUGGCGAUUUGGAAUAUUUUAUCUGUACGCGUUUGUUAGUUGACAGGUCCUGCAGUAUGGUAAUUCUCUAAAAGUGAUUGAAGCACACAUAAAUGUAUAGCAACAUGUCAGCAGUAUAUCCAACUAUACCAAAGCUGGCAGUGAGAGACAGCAUUGAUGAUGAUGAUUUAACUGAUAUUGAUGAUGAGGUAUUCAUCAGGGAUGGCAGAAAUGGUGGAUUGAAAUUAGAUGAUGAUGGUGGAGUUAAGCGGCCUCUCAUGGCACCUCGUAGAAAAUGCAAAAAAUCCUGCAGCUUCCAGACUAACAAGUUCUCAUACAAAGCACUUUUCGUGCCAUUGUGCUAUGGGAUUACAGCACUGACCAUAGUAUUAGGCUUAAUUAUACUUUGUAUAUUUACUGCAAACAUAUUUCCUAUGCCAUUAACAAUAUUGAAGAACUGGUUGACGCAUGAGCUAAAGGAUACUAUAAACAAAUCGGAGAUUAUUCCAUGCACAUCGCUCUCAUUUCAAGUCUUAUGGACCAGAUCAUUGCCAAAAUUAUCUUCUGAGGCACCUCUUAGGAGUAACGAUGUGAAUUUAGAUGGAAUUGAAGAUGUUAUUGUGGGAUUCAGCACAGGUUUGGACACCAUGGAUGCGUCAGAAGAUAUCUGUGCCAUAUACUUCGGGAAUCAAACGCCAUGUUUGGGCGGCGUGUUGGCGUUAAACGGCAAAACUGGCGAUACCAUUUGGACACAUUGGACCGCCCACGCGAUAUUUGCCGUCGAUUGCAGCGUGGAUCUGACGAGCGAUAAGAUCAAGGAUUGCGUCAUAUCUGGACGCGGUGGGAUAUUGCAGGCCAUCAACGGCCACGAUGGCUCCAGCAUAUGGGAGAUACCGAUGCAGAGUUCAACGACGUCCUUGGGCCAACAGAGAAUCUUGGACGUCUACGACGCGAGAUUUCUGGCGGAUAUGGACGGCGACGGUAUCGGCGACGUAAUAGCGUCGCACGCCACGCAAACUAACGACGUUCGGACGAGCAAUAUGCUAGUGAUAUCGGGGAAAAGCGGAAGUGUCAUACGCAACAUCAACUUGCCAGAGUCGGAACAGCUGUUCAUAGCGCCCCAGAUCUUGGUUCAUCCCGACGGGGAGAACGUGUUCGUUCUAGCUACGAACAGUCAGAAACAGGCCGGAGGGUUGUACAUAGUGUCCCAGGGAAGCAUAUUUUAUGGCGAUCUGCAAUUGCGCGAGCUUUACCACAAUACGGGAAAAGGCGCGUUACUACAGCCGAUUUUGGUCGACAUUACGUCGGACGGAAUCGAGGACAUCGUCGCGGCUAUGUUCAAUUCCACGAUUAUGGCUUACGACGGAUUAACGUUCGAGCCAAUCUGGAACUACACCGUUCCCAAUUCUGAAGUGAUCAGCUUACCGAUUCCCGGUUACUACAACGACGACGACACGCCGGAUUUCAUGGUGAAGCAUCAGAUAGGCGCCGGUUUCCCGACAUAUUAUUACACCGUAGCUACAGUCGUGGACGGUCGCAACGGGCAGUCCUUGCUCGAGAGACCCAUGGAGGACAGCCUGAGCAGUCAGAUGUCCGGACUGUCGGUCACAGUGGACGGUUACGGCAACGACUGGUUCCUGCAUUGGUCCGCCGAUUGUCUGAACUACGAGGGCGUGAAGGAGAAGUAUCAGUUCCUGAAGGACCAGAGCCUCGUGUCGCAGACGCGCGCCGAUCUCUGCCGGCUGCGGUUCAAUUCGACGCUGACGACAAAACUGUUGGCCCUCAGCCAGCACGUCGGUCCGCCCGGGGUGCAGCUAUACUUCUCGGAGGAUUGGAAGUCCCUGGAGUUCAACAAUUCGGUGGACCCGCGGCAGGAAGCGGAGAGGUACUGGGACAGCCAUCCCCGACCCGAGGUCGCGGAUCCUUACGCGGAUAUACCGCUGGUAUCCGAGAGGUCGCCGAGGGUUCACAAGAAUCAUCGGAAGGACGGUAUCUUCAAGCACAAGAAUAACGAUUUGCUGACAGAGAUCGGCGCGAAGUACGAUUCGGACGCGGUUUAUGAGAACUUCGACGAGUUCAAGGACCACAAGAGUCGCGGGGAAAACGACGCUGACCGUGAGGCGUGGAAGCAUGAUAACAAGUGGGCGAGGGAUAAGGUACAGUUAGACAAGGAGUACGGAGACGGUGUAUACGGAGGCGACGAUGACGGGGAACAGAGUAUAGAUUACUCGCAGGCCAUGAUGCGGGAACAGAGAAGCGUCGCCUCCGGACUGAUGCCUCCUGGAGAGCCCAGCUCGACAAGUAUUUCCUACGGAGAACGCAGCUCCGGAGGAUUGGAGGAGGUGACGAAUAUGUCGACGGAAACGACAUCGUCGACCACGUCGAGCGCCGAAUCGAGAAGCAGCGUCGGAGAAACUACCGCAAGUACACCAGACACGUCGGCAUUUACAGGCGAGACUACCGGACUAAGAAGUACAAACCUGGACUUGGAAGUCACACGUAUGGAAGCAUUUGGCGUUACGGACGCGACUUAUCGAGACACCCCGAGUACAACACAGCCCAGGCGGGUCGACCGGCAUGGUUUUCCCAGCAUUUUCCAAGACAUGGAUGACGAAGCGAGCAUAGAGAAAAUAUUUAAACGGGAAUCGCUUAAAAAUCAAAAUAGAGGUAAAGACAAGAGGAAGCAAACGCUAACGUCGGUGGCGGAUGAGAAUUACAGGAUACGACAGAAGCGACGGACGAGACGGAAAUCUGAGACCGGCGGCGGCCGGUCGAGCGAAAUUAACGGUAUUCAGCGGCAACCGCCGACCGGCAUUCUCUUACCGUCCAUCGUCGAAUCCAAGGGGAAGACUUCGGUGGAUCUGGUAUUCUCCACGUUCUGGCUGCCGUCGUCCGAAGUGUCUGUGAUAUUGUCGCAAGCGGAUCUGGAGUGCAUCCAGAAAGCUUUGUCAGGGGGUAAAUUGCAACACAAGAAGGACGAUGAUAUCAUCAACCAGUGUCUGUUUGAGCGAGGUGUCAAUUACAGACUGUACCAGGAAUCAACGGACAGAGAAAACACGAAGAUCGCGCUCGGCCAGAUGACGAUAUAUAGAAUGAAGCUGGAAUGCAUGUGUCCGGAGGACAUGUUACCUAAUCAAACCUGUAGGAAUAUUUCCCUGCAUCAGAGCUGGCCCGCGCACCUAGGCUCUUCCGGGAACGGCCAUUUUAAACCAUUACGUAGAUUAAAUAUCUGAAGUUGAAAGAUCGCAUCUAGCCAGGCGGGAGCCAUUGGGAAAAAUCAUCUCGUUGUAACGCUAGCGAAGAUGUUAACGAAUAACGGAAUUAAAGAAUUAUCAGAUAGCUUUAUGUAUUGUUUGUAAAACUAUACAGUAACAAGUUCGUAACUGUAAUUGUUACAUAAAAGUAAUUUAUAUUAAUAUUUAUAUGAAUUUUUCUGUACAUAUACAUACGUAGGAACACUGUUGUUCGUAGUUUCCACAAUUGACAAGGUGUUUCAGCCUUUGAUUUUUCUCCGAGACACAACUGUCUCUCCUCCAAAUUCCUCGAAAUUCUCCAUUAAAGGAGGAUCGAUAUAAUUGCGCUAUUUGCUAAUCGCAAUUGACAAUGAAAUCUCUUUUGGGGACGCAGUUGUGAAUUAUAUACUUGAGUGUUUCAUUUUCGCGGUGGGGUCGCCUUUUAUCGUUGGAUCCAUUAUAGAAGUCGGUCCGACCGAGAAUGAAACAUAAAUAAUAAGAUUAUACUGUAAGAUAUAAAGCGAACUGAGAAACACGCCAUCUUGACAAAAAUAUCGAUGACAUCAACAAUAAGAGGACGAGAGAAAGUGAGCGGGAGCGUGGGUAGUUCAGUGGGAAAUCAAUUAUUAAAUCGAUCUUUCGAAACGUUCAUUUUAUUUAAACGUGAAUCUUAUAAAUAUUUUGACAUAAUA